AUGCCGAUCCAAUUCGUCAAGGACUCAGCAGACUUCAAUUUGUAUUUGCUGCAAAACAAAUAUGUGGUAGCCAACUUCACGGCCGCGUGGUGUGGUCCGUGUCAGGCUCUGAAGCCCAUCGUUGAUAAGCUAUAUGAAGACGCUAAGUACUCUAAGGUUGAGAUUAUCCGUGUGGACUUGGACACCAACGGAGACAUUGCCAGCGAGUACUCAAUUACCAGUGUUCCAACAUUUGUAUUUUUUGAGAGCGGAAAAGAGGUGGAGCGCCAGACCGGGUUUCUGGUACAGUUCAAGUCUACACUCGAUAAGUAUGCUGUGAAGGCCAAUUCGGAUACGACAAUCACUGGCAGAGGAGCAUCUGCACCCUCGGAAUUCAGUAAGGAAAUCUCUCCUUUGUUACCCAAAGGAUACUACGUGUUGAAUGACGUGAUCCAUUUUGGAGAGAUGGUGGCGUUGAAUUCGCUUCCUUUGGUCAAGAGCGACGAAGCUGACGUGAAAAACGUGUUUAAGACGUCAGUCAAGGGCGAUACGACGGUACUCACUGAUGCAGAUUCCCAGGCCCUUUUCUUUAUUCCAUUGAACAACAUCUGUAAGUUGUACUCGGUGUUGAUUAAGUUGUCCACACCCAAAGCCGGAGACAACUUGGAGUUGGACGAAGAUGAGCUCACGGACGAGACCCAAGUUCCAAGUGUGGUGAAGUUAUGGACCAACCGGCCUGGUAUUUUGGCAUUUGAAGAUGCUGCUGGAGACUCGGAUGCCUCACAUGUUGAGAAAAUCACCGAUGCUGGCGACGGUUGGUACGAGGUGAAGGUGAAAUAUGUGCGGUUCCAGAACGUGCAAAACUUGAACAUUUUCAUAGAUGGAUCAGACGAGGAUUUCCAUACAUUGGUGGAGAAGAUAGUAUUGGUUGGUGUCUGUGGAGACUCCAAAGAGCAGGGAGCCAUCAAUGCUGGAGACGACGAGUAA